UAUUCUCUGAGAUCUAUUUAACUAUGUAUUUUAGGAUAUUGGUGCAGGAAAAGGCAAAUACUAUGCUGUCAAUUUUCCAAUGAGAGAUGGUAUAGAUGAUGAAUCAUAUGGGCAGAUAUUUAAGCCUAUUAUUUCAAAAGUGAUGGAGAUGUAUCAACCUAGUGCUGUGGUGCUACAGUGUGGUGCAGACUCACUAUCCGGUGAUAGACUUGGUUGCUUCAAUUUGACAGUCAAAGGUCAUGCUAAAUGUGUAGAAGUUGUAAAAACUUUCAAUUUACCAUUACUGAUGCUUGGGGGAGGUGGAUACACAAUCCGCAAUGUUGCUCGAUGUUGGACAUAUGAGACUGCUGUUGCCCUUGAUUGUGAGAUUCCCAAUGAAUUGCCAUAUAAUGAUUACUUUGAGUAUUUUGGACCAGACUUCAAACUGCAUAUUAGUCCUUCAAACAUGACAAACCAGAACACUCCAGAAUAUAUGGAAAAGAUAAAACAGCGUUUAUUUGAAAAUUUACGCAUGUUGCCACAUGCACCUGGAGUCCAAAUGCAAGCUAUUCCAGAAGAUGCAGUUCAUGAAGACAGUGGAGAUGAAGAUGGAGAAGAUCCAGACAAGAGAAUUUCUAUUCGAGCAUCAGACAAACGGAUAGCUUGUGAUGAAGAAUUCUCAGAUUCUGAGGACGAAGGAGAGGGAGGUCGUAGAAAUGUGGCUGAUCAUAAGAAAGGAGCAAAGAAAGCUAGAAUUGAAGAAGACAAGAAGGAAACGGAGGACAAAAAAACAGAUGUUAAAGAAGAAGAUAAGUCCAAGGACAAUAGUGGUGAAAAAACAGAUACCAAAGGAGCCAAAUCAGAACAGCUCAGCAACCCUUGAAUUUGAGAGUCUCAUCACUUUCAGUGAGGAAAUAUUGGGAAGAAAAAUGUUUUCUUUUUGAAGACUUCUGGCUUCAUUUUAUACUACUUUGGCAUGGACUGUAUUUAUUUUCAAAAUGGCUUUUUUCGGUUUUGUUUUUCUUGGCAAGUUUUAUUGUGAGUUUUCUAAUUAUGAAGCAAAAUUUCUUUUCUCCACCAUGCUUUAUGUGAUAGUAUUUAAAACUGAUGUGUUAUUAUGUCAAAAAACUGCUCUAUUAAAGAAGUAAUUGGCCGUUCUGAGCUGAUUUUUCCAUCUUUUGUAAUUAUCUUUAUUAAAAAAUUGUACUUGGA